AUGGCGCGACAAGAGUAUCACGGUGGCCUCGACACAUCCGGGCUGUGCGGUUUUUGCCGCAACAUCGAUUUCAACGGACUAUUAGGCUUGAGACCCCAUCAUAUCCAGCGCAAGGGGUUGGAUGCGCGUAACAAGCUUGGCGAGACAGUCGAUCCUCUUCACAACUAUAGAGUUCUGGACCUCGAACGUCUGCGACAUGCUCCUCAUCUCGUGUCAUACUGCGACUUCUGUCGUUUUCUUGAGGAUUUGCGACCCCUAAAUAGUAAAGCAGAUGUUCUUCAUCGCCAGGGGACUAUCGCAAAGGAUAAGAAAGCGAAGGCAUACUCGCUAUAUGCAUUCUGUCCGCGCGAUGUUUACCGCCUCCCUCAGAGCGUCUCGCAUACUCGCAUGCUCGCAAUCUUGCCCACAAAGGUUGAAAGAGUGCCAGAUGCAGAAUUUGGUCCGCCCGAAAGGGCCACGUGUAUCUUACCCGUCACGAAAGGCUCCAGUAACUUCUCCGGGCGACUGAUUCGUGAGCGAUUCGAUAUAUCAAUAGCCAGACGGUGGCUUGAGUUUUGCAACAAUAAUCAUCGGGACUAUUGUGUUCGCAGCUCUAUACCCUUCAUACCCGGUUUUAGGGUCAUUAACUGCAAAGAGCGUCGCAUCAUUCCAUUUGACUUCAACUCCCCCCAGCCGUUUGUCGCACUUAGUUACAAAUGGGGAAGUGCGCCUGGAGUUGGGUCACCGACGAUGACACUGCCCGAAUUUCUUCCAGCAACAAUCGCUGACGCGAUAUAUGUGACAAUGCAUCUUGGAUAUAAUUAUCUUUGGGUUGAUCGAUACUGCAUCAGCCAGAAGGAUCAAAACGUCAAGCAUAUCCAGAUCCAGUGUAUGAACUUGGUUUAUAAGCACGCAGUCUUGACUAUCGUCGCAGCCACCGGGGAGGACGCCACAACUGGGCUUUCUGGGGUGCGUCCAAGGAAGAAGAAUGUACAGCAGUCAAUCAAGCUUGGCAAUGUCCAGCUGGUUGCUACUUUGGACCCAAUAAAGGAAAUCUCAGAAUCUCCGUGGAACUCGCGUGGUUGGACUUUUCAAGAGGGUCUUUUGUCCAACAGACGAUUGAUAUUUGGCCCACGGCAGGUUUAUUUUCAGUGCCAAGCGAUGCAUUGCUUGGAAUCAAUCAGGUUUCCCAUGGAGUCGGUGCCAGUUUAUGCUGAAUGGGGACCAAAUUUCGGUAGGGUCUUUCCCACUGAGGAGAUUUAUGAUGGCCUUGAUGCGUUUUACCAACGAUUAAGCGACUAUUUGACCAGAUCGCUUUCAUACGAAUCAGACACCCUCAACGCUUUCAACGGUAUACUCAAAGAGUUUGAGAUGGGCCCUGAUAGAACGAGGCUGUUUUCAUUCAUUGGUCUACCAAUAUCUCCUGAACAGGGCGAAAUGACGAAAUGGCUGCUACAAGUCAUGUAUAUACCGGUAUCCUUGAAAGGCUUGCAGCGUCGAACAUCUUUCCGCAGCUGGUCGUGGGUAGGCUGGAAGUCACAAACAGAGGCUAAACUUUUGACACAGUCUGACAUCCAGUUACAGCACGGGAACAUUUGUGACAUGUGCCCUUUCACGGUGGUGAACGUUACGGUCGACUUCGGUCGAUAUGGGGCUUUCGACUGGGACCGAUCCUGGUGGGAAAUUAUACAAGUUGCAAACUAUGAAAGCAGACAGUUGCGUUUAAUAGUAGAGGGAUGGUUCCUGGACUUCAAAGUUCUACACAAAGAUGGUUCACUGAUAUGCGACGACUAUUCGAAGGAGCCGUUCGCCCAAGAGUUGGUAUUGCAAAUUUUGAGUGAUCGUGCGACUCUUAACAGCAUGCUUUCUCGGAUUCAGAUAGCAUCUCCACCGGCAUGGAAAAAUCAAGGAACGUACUCCUUCAGCUGGAUGCCCAUGCUGGCCGACUUGACAGCAACUUUCGCGGAGACAUUUAUCCUCAUUAAGUGUCAUAAUGGCAGCUACGAAUGCGUUAUUAGACGUUUGGAAGCUUGUCCUGUGGUUGCUCCUAUCAAGACUGGCCUCGACUUACCGCAUCCAUUUAGGUACGAUAGAAUAUGGUUGGGUUGA